CUAUGUAUCGUUUGCAUACCCAUCGUUUUGUAAAUUCGUUUGAGGAAUUAUAUAAAUACAGAAGACACCAAUAUAAUAAUAGUAAUAAAUAUAAUAAUUAUAAUGAUGAUGAACAAAUUUUUUCACACCAGGAGCUUGCCAUUGUUAAAAGGAUUGCAAGUGAGUCAGUUCGAAGCUGCUGUACAAAGAUUAGCAUCUUUUACAGCAAAAAACAUCAUACAAGAAACUUCCGAUGAAGCCGGUACUUUACUCGCACGUUUUGCGAAACAUGUCGCUUUGGAAUUGCAAAAAGAUACGCCAAUUAUUGCCACUGCGAUAAGGUAUGCUGAUUAUUUCCCUAUAACUGACACACGAUAUUUGCAAAAGGAACUGACACGAAUAUCUCCAGACCAACUGCCAGCUCUUAUUGUAUUCGCUUUUACAUAUCGGCCUAGCGCUGAUCCUAAAAAAUAUGCCGCUUUAUUAAAUGAGCUAGAUGCCACGGCAGUACAGCUACUUCCUAAUAUGGACCUUAAUACAAUUCUGAGGACGUUGUACGCGUUCCUUUACCUCAUGCCCAAUUGGAUAAUGCGAAUUGACUUCUACAAAGCGGCCAUGCAAAGAGUAACAUCACACGAAAUAUUAGUUGCUUUGACAAAAGAAAAAUUUGUUCAAAUCUGCUUCUAUUUGGGCUUGGAAAAGAACCGGAAAGAAAAUGCUGGAUUGUUUCAAGAACUGCUCAGUAGAUAUUUAGAGUUAUAUCUUCCUAAAUUAAGUACACUAGAUCUAGUUAUGGUUGGUAAUGCCGCAUUCAAGACAUCCACUUAUGUAGAUAGCAAAGCAUAUAACCAACGUUUGAUAGAUGAAGUCCUAAAGCUUUCAUUCAAUGAAUCUAGCAACGAUGUACUUCUAGUAACCUUAAUUAAAGCAAUGCGUCUGCAGCGUGUACAUUCCGAGGAAGUUUGUAAGCACUUGACAGCUUUAUGCAAUGAAAUUUUUCUGGAGAGGUUUCAAAUCCGUGGUUGCGUUCAUAUAUUUGCCUAUCUUGCGGACAAUCUUUGGGAUGAACGGAAUGCUCUUGAAUGUUUGGUAAAACAUUGUUUACCUCGUCUGCGACGAGAAAAUGCGCGAUGCAAAGAUAUUGCAACAUUUCUAUGGUGCUGUGCGCAACUUAACUGCAAUUUGUCAGAAAAAGACCUAGAACAAAUCGAAAUCUUGCUCAUAAACAAAGUUAAUCAGAAUGAAUUCCGAAACUUUGUGGACCAGUUGGUCGAUAGCUGUCUCUCCUUAUGGAUAUUGGGUAACAGGUCACGCGUGCUUUUAGAGACUGUUAUAGAUCUAAAAAUGAGUUCACUAUGUAACAACAAAAAUAAACAAUGUGAACAACCUAAAGUCGAAAGCCGAUUCCAGGUGCUGACUUCAGCUAUUGCUAUAGAAGAACCGACUUGGCGUUUUAAAAAUAUAAAAGUACCAACUAAACCGAAAGUGGAUACAAUCGCACCGUCAUACCUCCUUAAAGACCGAAAUAAUCUGGUAGAUUUAGCUAGGAAAAUCGAAGAGUAUUCAACUGUAGCCUCGGCUAAAUUGGUUUGUCCUGUUAAUGGCAUAAAUAUACCAAGUGUACUAGUGAGCUUCAAUGAGCCAACUAAUUCAAAUAUGUUUCUUGAACUCCUGUCUGAAGAUCUAGAACUGCACUUCAGCAAAACACCAAAUGGAUUAAUGAGACUUAAAAUCCGGUUGUUAAAAGUCUUGCGAUAUAGGGUUACUACAUUGCCUGAAAAGCAGUAUGAAAAGGACGGCGAUUUGGGAUACUUAGUAUGCAAUUCCGGCGGCGAUACUACUCCCAAACUUCAAUCGUUGAAAGUUUAACGUUUGUGAUUCUGUUUUAUGGUGGUUUCGUUUUUACCAAAAAAUGUCCUUCCACGGUGCAAAAUGUGUUUGAUGUUACACUCAACCCUGUAAAAUGGCAUGUUUUUGCCUUCUUGUUCUUGUCCAGCUCACGGAUUUCAUAAUAUUAUCGUUUUAAGCAACCAUCUGAUUUUCAGGGCAACCAUCUCCCCUGACAAAGCUUCGAAGGGCAGAGAAUGUGUCUUUUUUUCUUUUUUGUCUUACAAGAGUGUGACAUUUCAAGAAACGAACACAAAAUUUUCUGCCCAUUUGCCUGCAUUUAGAAUCGAACACGAAAAGAGAAAGGGCAAUCAAAAAGGGACAUUUUUUGGUAGAAACGAAAACACCAUUAAUUUUUGAAUAGCCCAGUAAAAUUAGAUAAAUUUGGUUCGAAAAACAAAAAAAAAAUGUAACUGCGCUUUUUUGAUGCAGUUUAUUUCUAUUUGACACAUAGAUCGUGGAUUAACAGUCUUGCCCCUUAAUUUUAUUUGGCAACACUCGCCCAUCUUGGAUUAUAUUUAUUUCGGGGUUUUUGCGAUUUGCAAGCAUAUUUUGCGGUUUUCGUAACAAAAUGUUUAAACACAAAUUUGUAGAGAAUUUAAUUUCUCAUAGAUAUUUGUUAUAUAGAGGGUAAAAAAAAAUUGUAUAUUAAAUAAUUGGCAAAAACUGCGAAAACAUU